AUGUCAAAGUCAUCAUCAUCAACAACAACAGAGGUAGUAGUAUCACCUGAUGAAGUAUCUGAGAAGACUACUUUCACAGCAUUAGGUGUUCAUCCACAGAUUGUUGAAGCUUGUGAUAAGUUGGGAUUCAAACAUCCAACAGAGAUACAGAAAGAGUCUAUACCAUAUGCUAUCAAAGGUAGAGAUAUUGUUGGUCUGGCACAGACUGGUUCAGGUAAGACCGCUGCCUUUGCCAUCCCCAUCCUUCAAUCCCUACUCCAAGCUCCACAACCAUUAUAUGCACUAGUGCUCGCUCCAACAAGAGAGUUGGCAUUCCAGAUUAGUGAGCAAUUCGAAGCUAUUGGAGCAAUCAUUGGAGUGAAGUGCGCAGUGUUGGUUGGAGGUUUUGAUAAUAUGGCACAGAGUAUGGCAUUGGCUAGGAAGCCUCAUAUCAUUGUUGGUACACCUGGUCGUGUCGUGUUUCAUCUGGAGAAUACAAAGGGAUUCAACUUGAAGUCACUCAAGUACUUGGUGCUGGACGAAGCCGAUCGUCUGUUGAGCAUGGACUUUGAGGAGGAGAUCAACACCAUCCUCAAGGUGAUACCAAGAGAGCGCAAUACAUACCUGUUCUCGGCCACGAUGACCAAGAAGGUCGUCAAGCUGCAGAGAGCAUCUCUCACCAACCCGGUCAAGGUGUCGGUCGCCACAAAGUACACGACCAACGACACACUGAUGCAGCAGUAUCUGUUCAUUCCACACAAGCACAAGGACUGCUACCUGGCGUACAUUCUCAAUGAGCUCGCUGGCAACAGUGUGAUCAUCUUCACAUCGACAUGCGCCACAUCGACCAAGCUGGCAAUCAUGCUGCGCAACCUUGGCUUUGGCGCCAUCCCCAUCAAUGGCCAGAUGGACCAGUCCAAGCGUCUGGCCUCACUCAACAAGUUCAAGGCUGGUGACAAAGCCAUCCUCGUGGCCACUGAUGUUGCUGCGCGUGGUCUGGACAUCCCCUCAGUGGACCUGGUCAUCAACUAUGACGUGCCACUCAACUCCAAAGAGUACAUCCAUCGUGUCGGACGUACGGCCAGAGCCGGAAAGACUGGUCGCGCCAUCACCAUUGUAACGCAAUACGAUGUGGAGAUCUACCAGCGAAUUGAAUAUUGUCUGGAUAAGAAGUUGGAGGAGUUCCCCACCGAGGAGGACACCGUACUAGUACUGUUGGAGCGUGUAAAUGAUGCUGUGCGCAUUGCACUUAUGGAGAUCAAAGAGGCAGGAAUGAGUGAGAAGGAGAAGCGAGGUCUAGACGACUCUGAACAAUCCGGCUCAGGGCAACUCAAAAAGAGAAAAGUCACCGAGAAGAAGGUAAUCAAGAAGAAGAAGUAUUAA